AUAUUAUUGUGCAGCGUAGUUUCCCCUUGGUAUUUCCGCUAACAGGAACUAGUAAUCGUAUACAUUUCCUAUCGAGAACGUUUUCACUUCGUAUAAUGGACUAACAUCAACCAUGUUAUUAAUAUGUAAGAUCGCCUGUUGUGUUUUAGCUGUUAUCAUCAAUCAGCAAUGUCUAGUUACAGCGAAAGACCCUUCAGUAUACAAAUCUUCAACUUCAUUUGUGACCAUCAAAGAAAGUGAUUCGCCAGACGCGGCACUUUUGAAACAUCAAGACAGCCAAUCAGCGUCAACGUAUCAAUACACCCACCAAUCAGGAGGCUCGUCUGGCAUUGACCGCACCCAGUCACGUGAUACGCCAACUGGCCAAUCAUCUGGAAGUUACCACUACAGUAGCAAACGUACAUACACGUCAUCGAGUCAGUCCGGUAGGGGGAGAGGAGCCCAACAUGAAAGUGAUUCGCUAGACGCAGCACUUUUGAAACAUCAAGACAGCCAAUCAGCGCCAACGUACCAAUACACCCACCAAUCAGGAGGUUUGUCUGGCGUUGACCGCACCCAGCCACGUGGUAUCAGUGAUACGCCAACUGGCCAAUCAUCUGGAAGUUACCAAUACAGUAGCAAACGUACAUACACGUCAUCGAGUCAGUCCGGUGAGGGGAGAGGAGCCCAACAUGUUGUAGCGAAAGACCCAGGAUUAUCUUCAGUACACAGAUCUUCAACUUCAUUUGUGACCAUCAAAAAAAGUGAUUCGCCAGACGCGGCACUUUUGAAACAUCAAGACAGCCAAUCAGCGUCAACGUACCAAUACACCCACCAAUCAGGAAGUUCGUCUGGUGUUGACCGCACCCAGUCACGUGGUAUCAGUGAUACGCCAACUGGCCAAUCAUCUGGAAGUUACCACUACAGUAGCAAACGUACAUACACGUCACCUGGAGGGGGAGGAGUACGACAUGGUCAGCAGACUAGACAGAGCGGCUCUAGUAAGAAAUAUGGCACUCCUGGUGUCUACCAGUCGUCAACAUCAUUUGUGGAAAUAAAGGAAGGAGGGACUGAUGAUUCUGCGCUCCUUCAACAGAAAGGGAGCCAAUCAGCGACCUCGUAUCAGUACACUGGCAAAUCACAAGGCAGUUCACAAAAAACGCAAACACGCAACCUUACUCAGCAUCAUUCGACACGUACCCAACAGGGAUGCACACCCUGCACGGUAGACGGAAACACAUACAAAGGUCACUCCAGGUUCGAGUACACUUCUGGCUGUUACAAGAUGCGAUGCAUAUGUAACUGUGACGGGUCAUACGACUGUCCAUCCCAGCACACCGUUAACAUAUGCUCUACUGAAAGAACAAGAGAGCGCCAACAGCAGGGAACUCAUUCCAAAUACGACCAGUCGAUGGGAAACCGCGGCGAGUACAGUCACCAGAUGGCUAAAGGUACAAGAGGCACGCAAACAGUGUUUGCAAAGAUGGAAUACGUGGCCACACCAGACGACACAGACGCUGAGUCACGGGUAGACCGCCAAGAGAGAGAAAGACAGCAACAAAUAGAGCAGCAUCAAAGAGAGCAGCGACUAAGAGAGCAGCAACAAAGAGAGCAAAGACGACUAGAGAUGGAACGAGUUGAAACAGACAGAAGGCCUAAGCCAUCCGGGGAAGUAUGCACACCCUGCAUGGUGAAUGGGACUGCUUACAAAGGUCAUUCUCGGUUCGAGUACAUAUCCGGCUGUUACAAGAAGAAAUGUAUUUGCAGUUGUGACGGAUCAUACAGCUGUCCAUCCCAGCAUACCAUUAACAUAUGCUCGGUGGAAAAACGAAAACAAGAGCGCCAACACCAAGCCCAGUCAAAAGGCUGCACUCCCUGUGUGGUAAAUGGAACCUCAUACAAAGGACACUCCCGCUUUGAGUACACAAGCGGUUGCUUCAAGAAGCGAUGUAUCUGUCAUUGCGAUGGGUCACACACGUGUCCAUCCCACCACACAGUUAACGUGUGUAGACAACAAGAACGAAAGCAAGGUCCAGUUCAACAGGGCAGAUCCACCUGCUCCACUUGCAGUGCAAAGGGGAAAAUAGUCAAUGGCAAUUCGUAUUUUGAUCUGAGAGAUGGGUGCACACAGUACAAGAACUGUAUCUGUCGAUGUAAUGGAAGCUGGAGCUGUUCGCCAGACAGGGCAGAAAACGUAUGUGUGACGCCAGAGAACCAACCCGUGUGUAGAGAGUGUGAGGUGUAUGGAAGCUUCUACCCAGGAAACAGCAGGUUCAAGUAUGAGGAAGGGUGCUACGAAUACAACUGUGACUGCAAAUGUGAUGGCUCUUGGGUCUGCCCACCUAACCGCACCAAGGACAUAUGUCACACAGGAUGUGGAGAGUGCGAAGUCCAAGGUGAGUUCUUUGAGGGAAAUGCUUACUUUAGGCAGGAGCGUGGCUGUAUUGAGUACACGUGUUUCUGUCGCUGUAACGGAACGUGGAACUGUCCCAGUGAUCAGGCCAGGAACGUUUGCCGAUCAGACGGUGAUACAGCUUGUAGUAAAUGUCAUGUGUCGGCCGUUGAGACUCAUCCUGGUAAUUCCACGUUUGAUCUUCGAAAGGGCUGCAUCCAUUACCAGUGCACAUGUAACUGCGAUGGGAGCUGGGAUUGUCCCGGUCAACUAUCUAAGAACGUAUGUAGAUCAGAAACACCAGGGAAAUGUGUAAACUGUCAAGUUUCAGACAAUGAGUACUACACAGGUGAUUCUGAUUUUGAGAUGAGGAAGGACUGUAUUCACUAUCAGUGCAGAUGUAACUGCGAUGGUACCUGGAACUGUCCAGGUGAAAAAGCCAGGGAUGUCUGCAAAGGUGAAGUACCAGGAGGUUGCAAAAGCUGUAGACUGUCCGAUACUGAAUUCUAUAGAGGAGAAACAGAUUUUGAAAUGCGAAAGGAAUGCAUACACUAUCGGUGCCGUUGCAACUGUGAUGGAAGCUGGAAUUGCCCAGGCGAGGACGCGAGAAAUAUUUGUUUAGGAGAGGUCCCUGGUGGAUGCAGAAGCUGCAAGGUCGACAACAGUACUGUCUAUCCUGGUAACUCAAGAUUCCAGCUAACACGAGAUUGUAACAGGUUUGACUGCAUCUGUAGAUGUAAUGGCUCGUGGAACUGCCCUGGUGACACUGCAGUGAAUGUUUGCGACCGGAAACCAGACAGCACAAAUCCAGUCACCUGCACAGACUGUGUUCUGGAGGGGAAAUCUUACGAAGGUGGCAGACAGUUUCAGUUAACUCGUGGCUGUUACGCUUACCAGUGUAAAUGUUCUUGUGAUGGAAAGUGGACAUGCGACACGAACAACGCUCAGAACAUAUGUACCCAACCAAGCCAGUCACCAGUGCAGUGCAGCACGUGUGUAGUUCAUGGCAAAGAGUACGCUGGAGGGUCAGAUUUUCGCAUACGAAGAGGCUGUAUAUCAUACCACUGCAGGUGCGCAUGUGACGGCCGAUGGGAAUGUCCCAGUGACAGGGCAUCGAACUUCUGCCCAGGGUCGAGAGAGCCGACUGAAUCGUGCAAGCCGUGUAUUGUAGAUCAGAAGAAUUACACUGCUGGAGAACAUUUUGACAUGAAACGAGGUUGUGUAAGGUACAGAUGUCGAUGCAGAUGUGACGGAUCGUAUGGGUGUCAUGUUACCGAAGAUACUGCGUGUGGAGCAGGAGAAUUGCCAGCUAAAUGUGGAAACUGCGUUAUUGAUGGAUAUGUGUAUCCAGGUAACAUGGGCUUUCUAACACGUAAUGGGUGUAUACAGAAGGCUUGUCGGUGCAACUGUGACGGAACCUACGACUGUCCACCUGAUGCCAUUCAAAACAUCUGUACAGGCGAGGGCGCAAUUCAGAAUCCAGGGUCACAGUCUCUGGGACAAGCAGGUACACAGUCUCAGACUCAAAGAUGGAGUUCGGGCACAAGCCAGUAUGCUGCGACAGGCACACACAGGGGACAGUUUAUACCUGGUACAAAUGUACCUGCCUAUACAAACACAGGCAGGUACUACUAUACAGCUGGUGGUCAAAAGGUCCUUGCACGUGGUCAGUAUGUACCGCCAAUUGCUCCUGACGGUACACAACGGAUUGUGGCUAAUGCUGGAGGCCAGUAUUUUAUGCCAGACCACGUUCCCGUUUCUGCACUGCCAAGUGCGAAAGCAGGACAGUAUUACUACCAAGGAGGAAGGCAGUUCAUACCAAGAGGUUCAAGGGAAUUUUACAGCAAAAACAUUGCACGCCCUCAAUCAGUCUACACCCAGACUGUACACACUCAGACAAGUUCCGGCAUCAAUAGCCGACCAUUUCCCCCUUUACCAAGGGGAUAUCAGACAUAUGUGCAGUCAAGGGAAUACUCAACCGGCAGAGGCUGCCAUAAUUGUACUAUUGAGGGAAACACUUAUGCUGGGAAUUCGGAUUUCCAGAUUACAAAAAAAUGUAUUCAGUAUCAAUGUCGGUGUGAGUGUACUGGCACAUGGACCUGUUCUGGCGAGUAUUCUUGGAGUUGCACACCUCGCAAUGGUCCACUCUCUGGAGACUGCCGUAGCUGCGUUGUUAAAGAUGUGGAAUACCCACCUAACCACAAAUUCACCCUCCAGCAGGGAUGCUCGGAGUACGAGUGUCAGUGUAACUGUGAUGGAAGGUGGUUCUGUCCUAAUCAGAAACCCAAAGAUAUAUGUGGUCCUAAUGCUCCACAGCACGAACAACCUUCAACGUGUCGCAGCUGCACGGUCAAAGACACGGACUAUCCACCAGAUUCGGAGUUCUUCCUCAACGAAAACUGUAAGCAGUACACUUGCACAUGUCUGUGUGAUGGAAGUUGGAUUUGUCCAGAUUCCAAAACCAUCGACAUUUGUGACAAGCAGCCCAAGAGUAAGUCAGGAAAACUGACUUCACCUCUGAAAGAUAGCAAACCAUCAUGUACGCACUGUCAGGUUAAUGGAAAGUCGUACAUGGCAACGAAGGAUUUCCAGUUCAGAGAAGGCUGUUCUCAGUACAAAUGUCACUGCUUCUGUAAUGGCACAUGGGAAUGUCCUGCGAACAACACUGUCAACGUGUGUCGUUCUCCCGAUUACAGGAUAGACGGGUGCAAAAGCUGCCUUGUUCAGAAUGAAACCUACCCUGGCGGAACCGGCUUCCGAUACAGAGAAGGAUGCUGGGAGUUCAACUGCUUCUGUGCCUGUAAUGGUGAGUGGGACUGUCCUGCUGGAAGGUCCACCGAUCUUUGCAAGACGACUGGGGGCGUGUCAUCGCGGUGCAGACCUUGCAUCAUUAACGGCAAAGUGAUUAAGUCGAAGAGUGUGUUCAACAUGCGACAAGGCUGCAGCGAGUUCCUCUGUGACUGUAAGUGCGAUGGCAGCCACGAAUGUCCGCCGGAGAGGUCUCUAAACGUCUGUGAAGAGGGACGCCAGUCAGUUCAGACUGCUGUGAAGUCUGAUUUUAAAGGUUGUGAGAUUGGCAACCGCAAGUUCUUCACACGCCUGUUCGUAUACAUGGAGGACUGUAUCCAGUAUAUGUGUAUCUGCUACGACAACGGCGCGUGGAAAUGCCCACCCCAGAAGAGUCGGAGAGUGUGCUAAAUUGGUCGUGUUUACAGCAAACGAUCAACAGACAUGAACUAUGCACGAACUGAAAUCAGCUCUAACUGGCCAUUCCACGCUGGACGUUUCUGUCAGCAGAUCUAACCAAAGCCAAUGCAGGCGCGUCUCCAGAUGAUCUUUCAUUUGACCAAUCACAACAACGUUGUAAUCCAGUCACGUGUCCAGUCGACCUUUCAUUUGACCAAUCAUAACAACGCUGUCGUGAACCUGGCAACAGCGUAACUCACUGAGAAUGAUGAGAUGGAAUUAGCUCAGUCAGUAGUGCGUUCGUCUGAAAUGUCAGCGUACCCACUAGGUUUUUCCCGGUCCCGACGAAAGGUUUCCUGGACACGCAAUGGCAUUGGUUUAUCGUAGCGGAGAUCUCCAGGGCGGAAUGGACAGUGUCGUCCGAUUCUAACCAGACUGGUACUACUCGUAUACUGUCGUAAUAAUCACUUGUCCAUUGUAACGCUCAAAACAUAUAUUUUACAUUUUGAGAAAGCAAACCUGAUUGUUCAUGCCAAUUCAGCAGAUGUGUAUAUGAACACAGAUUACUGUACGUGAAUUAGAACGUAUCUGACGUGCCUUCUUUAACCAGGUGGUCGUUAUUCAAGGUGUUCUUUAUAUUUAUGAUUUUCACAAAAGGUGUCUUAUUCGUGUUUUGUCGAAUCAGGAUGUUUGCAAAGAAAUGUUUGUUUUUUUAAAUUGUAGAACAAUGUCUAUGUUAAUAUUUGUACGGGAUGUUACAUUAUUGUUAUACAGUAGGUUUCUUAACCCCCUUUUAGUCUCAUUUAAACUAACAAUGUUAGUGAGCAUGUACAGUAUUGAAUGGAUUAAAAAGAAACUCUGUAGAAUUUAAGUUUUUGUGCAAAUGAUUCCUUACAUUUUAAUAUACAUGUAUUCAAUUAGGCAAGUAGCUAAGCCAAUUAUUGGUUGGGGAAGGUGGAGUGGUAUGCUAUCAAGAGGUAGAAAGCAAGGCAUGAAAUUUAGUUUUCACAUGGUGUGGGUUUAUUUGGGUUUUUUGUUCGUUUUUUUUUUUUUUUUGUAUUUUUUUGUUGUUGUGUUGUUGUUUUUUGUGCUUUUUUGUUUUUGUGGGGUUUUUUUUUUGGGGGGGGGGGGGUAUGGGUUUUUAUUUGUUUGUUUGUUUAGUAACACGACCUGAGUGGAGAUCAACUGCCAUCCAAUAUAUUAACUAUGACACUUCUGCGGUAAAAUACGACAGUACACACUAUAGCUUUCAAAUAUAAAGGCCGUCUAAAUGUACAUAUAAUUUGUCUCAAAACAGCCACUAUGACCAAGAUAAUGCAAUUAUAAUGACACUCUAUGGCAUGUCUCUGUCGUAUUUCUGUCAUAUCUCAUUAUUCCGAUUUUUUUAUUCCUUUGUGAAGAAUGGGUGACAAAUAACUGUUCGUGGUUGAUUUUAGAUAAAUGAAAAAUUCAAAAUGAUCGCCAUAUUUGAUGACGUCAUUAUGACGACUUGCCAAAAAUUCAAGACUGGCACCAACAAUUUUCUUCAUCUGUGAGGUAUAAUAAACUGAUUUAUGAUUGUCCUGUGCUUUCUUAAAAAACAUUUCCACGGGAGACCAAACAAAAGGCAGUAGACUAUCAAGACAAAUUAAGAUUGAAAGGCCGCUAAUAGUUAGUGUUUCAGAAUAUAUAAUGGAUGUCAUUAUUAUUUUGGCUGGCUCGGUGGAAAAACCUUCAGUUUUGUUCAAUGCAUGCCAUGCAUAUCCAUCAUUAUAGAAAGGAUGCACAGCCUGAAAUGGUGGGACAUUGUCCAGCAAACAUUUGAUGCAGGGGUGGUAUUGGGAGUGUUGGAUGGGGGUUUUUGGUGGUUUUUGUGUAGGGGUCUGGACAUGGCGUUUGAAUUUCAAAUCAAGAUACAAAAAAAGAAGAUAUAGCUGAUACAAUCCAUAGAAAGCCCACGAUAAGUUUCCGAUUUUCUCAUCUUUAAGUAUCGACCAUCGCUUCACAAUGCCAUCAAUGUUUGAAGGUGAUUAUUUAGAGCUAACACGGGUUUUUUUCUAAAGCUUCCAUUUAAUGCUACAUUGUUCUUAAACUUACACCUUGAUCUAGUUUUUUAGUUGUAUUGUUUGUUGUGGGGUUUCAGUGAUUGUUACAUAUACUAGGAAUGAAAACCUAAUAAUUGAGACGGCUCGAAUCGGUGUACCUGUAACUAGGACUAUCGUUUAAUAAAAACACUUGAAAACAGUGAUACACAUUUUAUUUGUGAUUAAGAGCAAAAUUCACAAUAUAUCUAACGUUUAUGGUUAACAGUCUUGCGUGUACAAGUAUUGGUAUCCAUUUCACGCAGGAAAUUACGUCGAUAAGGAAGAUGGUUGACAGUAAAGAUAAAAGAAAGUGAUUUUGUUUUCUAAAUGUAUUAUAUGUACUGUUUGUAAUUAUAUCAAUAGUUUUUCAGUCGUAAAUAUACGUUCAUGUGAAAACGUAGGCUAUAAUCCACGAUAAAAAAACAAAAACAAUGCUUAUAAUUACAGUAAUACAUAAAUAAUUUUCUUUAUUGUAAUCCAAAUCCAAAAAUUGCAUAAUUUUUUGCAUAAUCUAGAUACUAAACACGUAAAUUCCCAGCUGUUAACCGUAAACGUAAACUUUUUGUCGUCUACUAAAACAUUUGCGUCGCCACAUAUAUUUCACCGAAUUUGUAGUAAGUAUAACUGAACUACAAUUAAACAUUGAAAGUCA